AUGGAAAAUACAACAGAAUUAUUCAGAGUUACAAUUGGUGAUUGUAAUGAAAUUAAACAAGAUCUUAGUGUCCAGGAAGAGAAACUUAACACAAUUAAAGAAAGAAUCAGUACCAAUAAAUCAUUGUUAAGUAUAAAUGGAAAUUUAAUCAAAAAUCUCGAUUCUAAAACAUCAGUUAAAUGUUUCUAUCUAACAACAGCUAUUUUAACAAUAAUAAUCUUAUCAGUUUUAUUCAUAAAAUACAAUGAUUAA